AUGACUGAGAAAUACGCAGAAGGCGAUCCUUUAGCAGAGCCGGAAAACACACAGCAUCUUGACUUGUCCAAAUUAUCGCCACAGGAAUUGAAGAUUUACAAAAUGUACGGUAAACUUCCAUCCACACAACAGAUAUUGAGUUCUAAGUUUCAUGAUAAGAAAUAUUUCGAUAGUGGAGAUUAUGCCAUGCAAAAGCAGAAAGGCGGCGCGGUGAAGAACUUAUCGGGCUUGGGUGGUGGAAUCGGUGAAGGCAUUCCGUCAAGACAUCCCAGUGCUGAGCGAAUGAAGGAGAUGUCGGUAAGGAAUAGUAUAAGUGCUAGUAAUGCCCAAAUAUUUGCCAAUGGGAAAAGCGGGCUUUUGAAUGAGAGUACUCCGAAGCCUAGUGAGGGAUUGAAGAAAGCAAGAGAGGAGAGCAACAAAGGCGUAGUUAUAUUUUUGUUUGUGUUAGCGAAGGCAAGUGGUAAAUUGGAUGCACAAGAACACUGGCUAAGCACGACACACGAUUCAAUUGUCAACAAUGCCAUGCAGGAAACGAAGAUAUUGACGAGUCAAGACUUCAAUGCCUCUAUAGGCCUUUUCAAAAGUGUUCUUUUUGAUAACUUACAGUCAACGAUUAGGUUCAGAGUGGCCACAGCAAAUGUGAAGCAAGUGAAUGACGACAAAUACAUGUUUGCAUCCAUCACUAUUGGCGACGAUAUGAGAUUGGAAUUUACAAUAUCGUAUGACAAGUUCUAUCAAGUGCCCAUCUUUAGUUUCCGGGUCUUUGUCAACGAGAAACUUGAUUUUGACAUUGUUGAGCUCGAUGUGUCGUUAAAGGAAUCGGCAAACUUGGUAAUGAAUAAAGUAGUUGAUAUAUCGAUAACUGAUCAUCACCUACUCCAUCAACCUUGGUUUCAAAUACACCCUUGCGAGACCAUGGACACGCUACAUACACAUAUCUCAAGUCAACAUUCACUAGAGCCAGAUCACAACUACGAUUCUUCAAUCACCUAUUUGUCUUGUUGGUUUGGACUCUACGCCUUGCCAGCAAUUUUUCCUCAAUUUUCAAUAAGACCAAUUGUAUAUUCUUGA